AUGGCAUCUUCUGUUCCAGGUCCAAUUCCUUUACCAGACUCUCGUCAUGAUUUGAGCACCUAUUUAGGAAGAGUAAAGCAUUGUGCUGAAAUAUCAGACCCAACGAUGCUUUUGACAACUUCAAAGGAUAUCGAAGAAUCAAAACGUCUUAUUUGGGACUACAAAAAUGGAUUGAUUCCUGAGAUGACACCUAAGCUUUGGCGUGCUAAAAAGAUCUUAGAUUCCUCGAUUCAUCCAGAUGAUGGUAAAACAGUUUUAUUACCGUUUAGAAUGUCUAGUUGUGUCCUUUCAAACUUGGUUGUUACCGCCGGCAUGUUAACUCCUGGUUUGGGUAACAUGGGUACAUUAUUCUGGCAAGUUGCGAAUCAAUCUUUAAACGUCGCCAUCAACACUGCAAACGCUAAUAAAUCACAUCCAUUGACUACCAAACAAAUGGCUACAUCGUAUCUUAUGGCUGUCGGUGCCUCUUGUGGUGUGGCUCUAGGUUUAAACUCUAUCGUUCCGAAGCUGAAAAAUGUAUCAGCAAAUACGAAGUUGAUUCUCGGUAGACUGGUUCCAUUUGCCGCUGUCGUUUCAGCUGGUAUUGUCAAUGUAUUCUUAAUGAGGGGUCAAGAAAUCAGAAAAGGUAUUUCCGUUUUUGAUGAGGAUGGUAAUGAUUUAGGAACUUCCAAAAGAGCUGCAUUUAAAGCAGUCGGUGAAACUGCUCUUUCAAGAGUUAUAAAUGCUACUCCAAUCAUGGUUGUGCCGCCACUUCUAUUAGUUCAAUUACAGAAGUCGGUGCUGAGAAACAAAUCUCUUGGUGUUGUUACUGCAGCUAAUAUUGGUUUGAUUUUCACCACAUCGUUAGUUGCCCUACCAUUUGCUUUAGCUGUUUUCCCGCAAAAAAGAAUCGUUGAUCCUUCCUCCUUAGAACCGCAAUUCCAUAAUCUUAAGAAUAAGGAAGGAAAAUUAAUUACUUCUGUCUGGUUCAACAGAGGUAUUUGA